CAGCCUCCCCCAGCGCCCCCUGAGUCUACUGCUUAAAUACGGACGAGGACAGGGCUCUGUCUCCUCAGCCUUGGUCACCAACCCCGGCCUGGGACAGUCAAUCGACAAUGCCAUCCUCCAUCACGUGGGGCCUCCUCCUGCUGGCAGGCCUGUGCUGCCUGGCCCCUGCCUCCCUCCAGGGAGUCGCUGUCCAGGACACAGAUGCAGCUGAGCACGAUCAUGAGUCCGCCAGCCACAAGAUCGCCCCCAACCUGGCCGACUUCGCCUUCAGCCUGUACCGCCAGAUGGCCAAUCAGUCCACCACCACCAACAUCUUCUUCUCCCCAGUGAGCAUCGCUACAGCCUUUGCCAUGCUCUCCCUGGGGGCCAAGGGCGACACUCACACCCAGAUCCUGGAGGGCCUUGAUUUCAACCUCACAGAGAGAGCAGAGGCUGACAUCCACAGAGGCUUUGAGAAUCUCCUCCACACCCUCAACCAGCCAGACAACCAGCUGCAGCUGACCACCGGCAACGGCUUGUUCAUCGAUGACAGCGUGAAGCUGGUGGAUAAGUUUCUGGAGGAUGUCAAGAAAACGUAUCACUCCAAAGCCUUCUCCGUCAACUUCAAGCACUCCGAAGAAGCCAAGAAACAAAUCAACGAUUUCGUAGAGAAGGGAACCCAAGGGAAAAUUGUGGAUCUGGUCCAAGAGCUUUCUCAAGACACAGUGCUUGCCCUGGUGAAUUACAUCUUCUUUAAAGGCAAAUGGGUGGAGCCCUUUAAUGCUAGUCAUACCACUGAGAAGGACUUCCACGUGGACGAGGCCACCACGGUCAAGGUGCCCAUGAUGAAGCGCCAGGACAGGUAUAACCUGCACUACUGCGACAAGCUCUCCAGCCAGGUGCUGCUCAUGGACUAUGUGGGCAAUGCCACCGCCUUCUUCAUCCUGCCCGACGAGGGGAAGCUGCGCCACAUGGAGAACCUGCUCACCAAGGAGGACCUCAGCAAGGCCCUAGGAGAGAGACACUACAGGUCUGCCGAUCUGAGUAUGCCCAAAUUGUCCAUUUCUGGAACCUAUGAUCUGAAAGCCAUCCUGGGUGAAAUGGGCAUCACCAAGGUCUUCAGUAAUGGGGCUGACCUCUCGGGGAUCAGCGAGGAGGUUCCCCUGAAGGUGUCCAAGGCCAUGCAUAAGGCUGUGCUGACCCUGGAUGAGAAGGGGACCGAAGCUGCCGGGGCCACAUAUAUGGAAAUAAUGCCGAUGUCGCUUCCCCCGGAUAUUGAGUUCAACAGGCCCUUCGUCGUGGUCAUCUAUGAUACAGUCACCAAAGCCCCCCUCUUUGUGGGCAAGGUGGUGAAUCCCACCCAGAAAUAGCUGCCUCUCUGGUUCAGCCCCCACCCAGGCAGGUCCCCUCCGAAGGUGACAAUAAAGAGUGACUGGCCUGGCCCAA